CCAGUACCUCGAUGUGUACAAACAGAUAUGCAUAUGUAUGCAAUGGUUUAUAAAACCUCAGCACGGGCAGCCGUUGAGGUGGCCCGGGCGGUUCCUAAUGUGUACGUGCGUGUGUUCCUCCCCUCAGAUCUGCUUCCUGGCGUCGGUGUUCCGUGGGAGGAUGUUCUCUGAGGAGAGCUGUGCUGCCCUGGCGCUCUUCACCCACUACUUCCACCUCAGCCAGUUCAGCUGGAUGCUCAUACAGGCGGUGAACUUCUGGCAGGUGCUGGUGAUGAACGACGAGCACACGGACCGCCGCUACCUGCUCUACGUCCUGCUGGGCUGGGGACUUCCUGCGGUGGUCAUGGUGCUACUGGUCAUCGUGCUGCUGGGCGGCUUCGGCUGGACCAUCCACGCCGUGUACGGCCUGGUGAACGGGGAAGUGUGCUUCAUGCCCAACGUCUACGCCGCCCUGUCAUCGGCGGCGCUGGUGCCCCUCGUCUGUCUGGUGGUGGUGCUGGUGGUGUUCAUCAACGCCUACCAGGUCACCAGCCAGUGGAAGGCCUACGACGACCUCUACCGCGGGCGCACCAACGGCACAGAAGUCCCCAUGGUGCUCUGCCUGUUCCUGCUGGUGUCCCUGGUGUGGCUGUGGGCCGGACUCCACCUGGGCUACAGGGACCUGUGGAUGCUCGUCCUCUACGUCAUCUUCAACAUCCUGCUGGGCUUGUAUGUGUUUGCCGUGUACUUCGUCGUGCACAACCAGCUGUGCUGGCCGGCUAAAGCGAGCUACACGGUGGAGAUGAGCGGCCAUGAUGCCCCGGACUCCGCCUACCAGGAGGGCGGGGCCGCCACCGUGGGCGGGGACAUCAACAAGUCCACCCAGAACCUCAUCAGUGCCAUGGAGGAGGUGUCGGACUGGGAGCGGGCCUCACUGCGUCUGAGCAGUCAGCCCGGCAGUGCGUUGCGGCCCGGCCCCGUGAUGGAGAGCUACGGCACGGAGGGGGGCUUCGUCAACAACCUGGUGGCCGGCGACGAAGACUCCCAGGAGUUUGACGACCUCAUCUUCGCCUUAAAAACCGGCACCGGCCUUAAUGUGAGCGACAGCGAGUCGAUCCACGAGGGUCACGACGAAGGGAGUGUCUCCAACUCCCAGAUCGUGGAGCUGAGAAGAAUCCCCAUCGCUGACACCCACCUCUAACCCCGCCCUCUCUCCCACAGACCUCACCAUGCCUUCCUUUAGCAGAGAGAAACAAAGAGAGACAGUACAAACUACUUUUUUUAUUUUACAUUUCCCGUUGCACUAAAACACGUUUUUCGAUAGUUUUCUUAGAGUUGUUUGAUAUAUGAAGCCUUUUUUUUUAUUGUAUAUCUGAUUUGUUUUUUGUACUUGUAAAUGAACAUAUCAAUGUUUUACUAAAUUAAGUCUGAGUCUUUCAUGAAGUGUUCCUUUCUCGAAUGAGAAAAGGUUGGUCUCUUGUUGUACAUAUCGUUUUUAGUAAAGAAAGAGACAGCCAGAUGUGCCCUCAAUACAACUACUGCUGCAGAGAGAUGGAGAUGGGUGUAAAAUUGUUAAUAAAUAAUUUACCAACUAUUUUA